AUCCUCGCGGCAUGGCAGCUGAAGAAGAAGUCCUCAUCGGUCAGGGACGGCGAUGGAUGCACCGUGCGUGGUCUUAAUGCAAACAUGAAGUCCAACGCUGGGCGGUGAUCAGUGGAGGCGAAGACGACAGGAGUGCUUGGCUUCAACCAAGUUAUGGCAGAACGAGGUGAUUCUACGGAAGCGGACUUCACGUGCGGAGCGUUUGACCAGCUACCGCUCUGUACGGCCACGCCUGAGAACACGUGCCAGAUUGUGAACCACCUUUCAACGCUGAACGAGCUGCUCUUUCACGCUGAACUGGAAGUUCGAGAACUGCCCGCACCAUGCGGGCAGCUGUCCCUAGCGAGCUUGGCGGAGAAGGACCUGUGUAUGCCAUAUGACCCGGAGAUGUCCGUGAAGCAAGCGAUUGCGCUGGUGCACCGGUUGCUCAUGACGCACUCGUGCAUUCAGCACGUCCACAUCCACCACGGCCUUUUUGCCGUUUAUGCACCGCUCGUCUGCGACGCCCUCAAACGCAACCGUUCGACUAGGAUAAUCAACAUCGACUUCAGGGAGACUGUCUUCUACGAGGACCUCGACGUUGCCUUCUCUUCCGCGCAUCUCGCUGAAGAAUUAGAACAUUCAGAGCAAGAGUCAUGCGACGAACUUUCGUCUGCUCUGUCGACCGUUAUCCGCGUAUGCCCAUCGCUAACUGCCCUCAAGAUUCCCGAGUUGCGCAUGAAGGGCGGAAUGGCCGCAGCGUUCGUCGCAGUUCUGAAGAAAAAUGUCACACUGGAGGAGCUGUCGGUGCACGGUUCUGUCAUAUGCGAAGCCGGACGGGACCAGUUUGCGCAGUACCUGAGGGAUAGCACCUCGCUUACCACGCUUAGCAUAACGGCAGACGGCGUCACCAGGCGAAACUGCUUCAACUGGAUGGCUGAAGGCCUAAUCGUCAACAGGGUGAUCAGGAACGUCUAUCUGAACAACGUUCUGUUUGACGAAGAGAACGCCGGACUGGCAGCGAGGAUAUUUACGGAAAACAAAAUUAUACAGAGCUUCAACAUAGUAUAUCCACCGCGCACUUUAGCGCCGAGGACAGAUCACAACUUUUGGUGCGUACCGCUGUCCAGCAACGAGACACUGGAAGAACUCAGCCUUCCUAUCGGUAUAUGGAGCUCAGCUCAGUGGGUCGACUUCUUCUGGACCGUUUCGAAGAAACAGAGCCUGAAAAAGCUGACCGUUUUGGUGCACCCGACUUCCCGCUGUCACCUGGGAGAGUUAUGCAAGGCUCUCAAGGAAAGCGGGGCAGAAGAAAAGGUUUCGCUCGGAACCUACUUCGUCUACUACAACAUGGAUUUGAUUUACUCAAAGGCAUUCUCAGACGUAGACGUAUUCUGCUUCGGCGAUAUUGUGGGACGGCUCCCUCGUGCGUUAGUGCAGUUUGCGCACAUUACGUCCGUACGCUUCAGUCUCAGAGCGGGCGACGUGUCACUUGCUUCGGCCGUCGCCGCGUACGUCAAAUCCACGACGUCGCUCCGGAAGCUGCGCUUGGUUUUCUACUCUGACUGGGACGACACCGCGGACGAUGCGAUUGCAUCUUGGACAAAGAUAGUUGAAUCACUUUCUCGAAACACGAGCAUCAGAGAGCUGGGAUUGCACGUGGACAUUGACCCCUACGACAGCGACGACGAUGACGACGUCACCUACCCGGCACAGCUCUUCGCCCAAGCGAUCAAGACCAGUCCGAAUAUACGAGUUGUGCACUUUGGCGCAGUGCACUCCUUCGAGGUAGCCGCCUUCCUCCGACAUUUCUCCGAAGACAUCGCGGACAACUACACCCUCGUCCGCGUAACCAUAGGCGGAAUACUGGACCGGAACGCAGCCCGGGACUACUUCAACAUCCGGGACACUACCCGUCGAAACUGUGGCCUGGUGACGCGUGCCGCGCGGUUCGCCACAGGACGCACUCUGGACAGGAACUGCGCCAGAGCUUUAGAAAGGGUUUGGCGCCACGCCGGACUUCUGGAAGAGCUCGCCGAGCAGCUGUCCCUCAGCGUGGGAGAGGCCUCUAACAUGGUACGAUGUGGACUGAGGAGCAUGGAAGGUCUGCACGACUUCAUGCGGCUCGCUCGCGUUGUCCGGGACUGCGUCGUCUGCAACCCGCGCCAAGGUGGUGGUCGUCAACUGGACACCCUCAACGAGGAUUGCUGGAGGCUGAUCCGUCGCUACCUGACACUUGACGACGUCAGAGAAGCCGCGGACUCCGCCUCUUACAGUUAGUGAUAAUUGUUCAAGGUUGCGGACCAGCGACGUUCGUAAACCGCACACGACCUUGGGCGCCAGCGCUGGUCUUCAAACAUGCUGUCUGCACGACGGCCUUGCUUGUAUAGAGCUGGGAACAGUUACGAAAGGGUCGCACCAAAGUGGUCGAAGGGAAUAUUUUGAUGGCCACCUCCCAGAAGGCUAGCAUUCAGAACGUGUUCAGCUACUCGUGAAAGAGCAUGUCAAGCCCAUGCUCUGACAGGCAAGUGACAGAAUUUCGCGGCUGUGGAGAGUACCAAGCGCUUCGUGAAAUCCAGAACUGCAGCGACGUCGAUGUCGACAUGCGCCGAUGGUCCGCAUUAAUUGUGCGAAGGCACUAUUUUCCUAGCAGUGGACAGCACCUUCAGUAAUUGUGUAAGAGUGGUUUGUGAAGUCAACGCUGUCAUGUUUAUCUUA